CUCAUUGCAUCCGAGAUUUCGCUCCCCGGCCUCAUGGGUGGUUGCCUUGUGUGCUCCUAAAUUUGUGGUCUUUUCUUGAACUGACAAAGGGGGAUACCAAUUUUAGAGAGAGAGAGAGAGAGAGACUAUUUGGUGUGUCGCUAUCCAAAUUUCAAGGAGUGCAGGAAAGGUUGAGAAGAGAUGGUGGAGAUGGUGGGAGUCUGUUAAUUGAUCCCUCCUCUGACUCCCGUCCCCUGUUCUCUGAGAGGUGGGAUGGUGUGGUAUCAGAGAACAACAUCAAAAACAUUACUUUUACGACGCCUCCCUGCCUCGUCCCUCUGCUCCACUCAUAAAGUUUCCCUCUUUAUCACAACGACGACGAUAUAGCCACUGCUGAAUCGUUGAUUCGCUUCCAUCAGCUGCGGAAAGACUCCUUCCCUCCUAUCUUUUCCCUCAGCAGUUGGAGCGUACCAAAAAUGUCGCACCUUUUCGAUGCAUUCCGGGCGCUGGAGUAGAGAGAGCCGGAGGGAUCUUUAAGCAAGACGGAGGAGAUCGAAACAUCAAGGGUUGGCUGCACGUCCUCCGGUCCAAUCACCUGGGCCUGCAGAACUACCGGAAACGGGGAAAAAGAUUGGUUGAAUGAUGCAAUAUUUGGUUUGAUGGAAAGAAAGGAUACAGAUCAGCAUUUGUUGGCUUUUAACGGGCAAAGGAGAUUGGACAUUUGACAGUGUCGAUAGAAGUUGGGUGCAAGGAGCUCUGAGGAGGCAGCUACUUGAAUCAAAUCCCCAAUGGAAGCUGCAUUUAUGGAGGACACAAACAAAGAAGAGAAUGCUGUGGCUUGUUCGAAGAGAAGACGGCAAUCUUUUAGGUCAAGCCGUAGAAAUGAGAAAAGUCGCAUGCAUUCUAUAGACUGGACAGUUUUCUCAUCUAUGCACACUGAUCUAAUGACAUUCGAUGUUAUAGCACCUUCCAUGUGGACGAUAAUUGGCUGUAAAAAUGGCUUACGGCUGUUCAAAGAAGCAAAAGAUGUUGAUUUCCCCAACAAGAAUUGGGAAGAUCAUCCGGCUAUAAUGACGGUUGGUGUUGUCGAUGCAGCAUCUGAGUCCAUUUUCCACACAGUAAUGUCUCUCGGACAGUCAAGAUCAGAAUGGGAUUUUUGCCUGUUAGAGGGAAAUGUCAUUGAGAACUUGGAUGAUUACACUGAUAUUAUCCACAAGAAGUUGCGUGGUGAUUGGCUACCAUGGGGAAUGAAAAGAAGGGACUUAUUGUUACGGCGUUACUGGAGGAAGGAAGAUAACGGAACAUACAUUAUCCUAUACCACUCAGUCGUCCACCAUAAAUGCCAACCUGAAAAAGGAUAUGUUCGUGCCUGGCUUAAAAGUGGAGGCUAUGAAAUAUCUCCCGUGAACCAAGGAAAACAAUCAAUUGUAAAGCAUAUGUUGGCAAUAGAUUGGAAGUUUUGGAAAUUGUAUAUUUUUACCUCAUCUUCAAUGGGCAUUACAACAAAGAUGCUAGAGAGGGUUGCAGCUCUCCGAGAAUUCUUCCGAGCAAAACUUGGUCACUCUGCAUUCUCAGAUUUCUCAUCAGAUGGUUUGACAAGAGAGAUAGUUUUGCCACAGACCGAGGAGCAAAUUAAACUGGAUAUGCAGUCAGUGGAUGAAAACAAUAAGAUUGAAAGCUUUGCCAAAGAGAUACAAAUGUCUUCUCCCAAACAUGCUGGUAAUGGGUCAUUACGUCAACUUAAUGAUGCAGCUGAUGAAUUCUUUGAUGUUCUCACUGAAGCAGAGUAUGAUCAAACAGAAUUCUGGCCUGCUGAUGAAAACAUGCAAACCCAGUUAGUGCAAGACCAGUGCCAAGGUGAGCUAUCUACAACUGCAGUUUUCAUAGAGAAGCUACAUGAUGUUUCAGUUCAAAAGAGUGGUUCUGCUGACUUCGAAGAGUCACAUACCGGAGAUAGCAUGUCAUGCAACUAUGGAACCACUCUUCCAAAAGAUCCAAAUUGCAGUGUGGUUUGCAGUUGGGCAACAGCAGAUCCUUCUACAUUCUUGAUUCGUGGUGAAUCAUACUUACAUGACCAUCAAAAGGUAAAAGCAAGCGAAACCCUGAUGCAAAUGGUAGCUGCAGAUUGGUUGAAAUCGGACAAGCGUGAAGAUGAUCUCGGUGGUCGGCCUGAUGGAAUUGUUCAGAAAUAUGCAGCACAGGGUGGCAGCAAGUUUUUCUUUAUUGUGAACAUGCAGGUUCCAGGUUCAACCACAUACAGUCUAGCUUUAUAUUAUAUGAUGGAUAUGCCAUUGGAAGAUGUCCCUCUUCUAGAAAGUUUUGUCAAAGGAAAUGAUGCAUAUAGGAAUUCAAGGUUUAAGCUCAUCCCAUAUAUAUCAAAGGGUUCUUGGUUAGUGAAGCAAAGUGUUGGUCAAAAAGCAUGUCUUGUGGGUCAAGCACUUGAUAUCAAUUAUUUUCGUGGGAGCAACUAUCUUGAGGUUGCGAUCGAUGUUGGUUCAUCCACUGUCGCUAGGAGUGUUGUCAGUCUCGUCAUUGGUUACUUGAACAGCUUGGUGAUAGAAAUGGCAUUCCUGAUGCAGGGUGAUAAGCAAGAAGAGCUUCCAGAGUUCCUGCUGGGAACUUGCCGGUUGAACCAACUUGAUAUAGCCAAGGCUGUCCCUAUUAAUCCAUCGUGAUACUGAGAUUGAAUUUGUCGGAUGAUUCUUUAAUGUGAUUGAAGUUCCAAAUGGUGCCAAACCAUUGUAUAUUUUUCUUCAGAUUUGUAAAAACAAAACAAUUUUUUAAAUGUAUUUUGUCAUUCUUUGAUAUAGGAACUCGAAAGAACCGGUGAUAAUGUUUUGAGAAGUACUAACCGGUGAUGAGGUUUGAGUUUUAUGAAGUUAUAAAA